AUGGUAGUAUCGAGGUCUUCUGGAGUUGUUAGCAUUGAAUCUUCGACGACAUCUUCUACACUCUCUUCUCGAGCUACAAUGCUUUCGAAAGCUAAUCUUAGAAGGCGACGAUCGAAGGGAACCAUUGCUGGUUUUGCUUCUUCGAACAACAGUCAAGUAGGAGAUGACGUAACAAAAGGAACCUCAGCAGAAGGAGCUUCAGCGUCCAAUGUUAGCAAUUCGCAAGGAAAUCCGCAAACACCAGAAAGCAGUUCAUUGACGAACAAACCGUGCCACUCGGCCAAAUUGGCUCUAAUGUGUUGUCAGAAUGCAAUUCGCAUGGGGGUUAGAACGCAGCUGGGCUUGUGUCCACCGGGAAGGGCACGACGCAGUUUAAAAGUGGCCCUGAGACAGAAAUCUAAAACUAUGCGCACCAACUACGAUCGAAGAACAUCUCAAACGUCAGCCGAUACCGGAGGUUAUUUUGGAGUAGAUCGAAUGGUGGGAGCAGCUUCUUUGGAGAGUUAUCCAGCAAAAGAAGAGGAAUUCCUCAUGUCAACUAAUACUUUUGAUAUGGAAAGUGAUGAGGAGGCUAGCAGCGGAGAUGAUGACGAUCUUUUGGAGGUGGAUGAGUUGAUGAAGGAAGACUCGCCAGUUUUGGACGACGAAAAGAAAUAUGAUCGAUUGUCGGAACCACUCUUUACCUCUAACGGUGCAGAAGGUGCUGCUGGAGCGGGUACCAUGUCAGGAGCAAGAGGAGAUGGCGGCAAACUUCCGUUCAAUAGACGGAAAUUGAGAUAUUUUGAUAGCAUUUCUGCUGUAGAUACAACGCUCGCCAGAUCGUACCUACAAGUGGAGACACGAAAGAGCAAACAGAAUCACGCCUUUAUGAUCACAAAACAACUGCGGCGAGUACAACGAGAGCAAAAGCGAAAGUUGAUUGAAUCACGAGGCGGGACUGUGAGUGAGGCAUUGAAGAGGGACGAAACGGAUACCCGUGAUGCAAUCCAUGCUGGAGUCUCUAGGUUUGAGCAUCCAAUGACACCCUCCACAGCAGCUGCGCUUGUGGUGGAAAGUUUAUCGUUUAAUCCUUUGGAAUCAAUUGAAGGAAUGGCCAAAUGUUACGAAGGAAUUGUUGCCGCAGGUGUGGCAUUGCUGGAUUCCAAUCGAAGCGAUCCUACGUCACCAGUCUCCCAUCUCAAUAGUGAUCGACCAAUGGCCAAUCGAACCGAAAUCAAAGCCGCGUUGACGCCGUUGCUGAUUACUUCCUUGGAACAAACGUCAGGGGAAGUUAUUCUGGGUCUUGCUAGAAUCAGGCGGAUGUGUGGAACAGCUCGCUACCAAAGACGGUUUGUUCAACGUGUAGUGCCAUCUUUGAUUCGUCCUCCGAACGGAGCCAUUUGGUGUUUGAAGCAUCAAAAUGAUAUGGAGCCCAUUCUUGCAGCUGCAGAAUUGAUUUUUGACUGUGCCAUGGAGAUUUUCUCCAAGGGAUGGUACGAAAGAGGUCAACUCCUCUUGGCAGAUACUAAAAGAGCUCAGACUCUCAAUACUGCAGCAAUGCAGCUACGGAACUUGAAUGCAGGAUCGGAUGACCACUUGACCUUGGGGGGCUCACUGACGAGCCAUGCCGGGUGGAGAACCACCAAAUUCAAGGAUUCAUCCAAGGGUUCUAGUGAUCAAUUAGCGGAAUGGGAGGUUAUUGCUGUGGAUCGACAAAUUAAGAUUUCAAUAUCCAACCUGAUUUCGAUGGAUUGGCCAAAGGUUGUCCCACAUACCAAAGACUCUGAUGCUGCGAGAGCACUAUAUCGACCGAGAUCGAACUCAAUGCGGGCUCAUGCGAGAACUGCAAAUGUUGAGGCCAGCCCCAAAGCAAUGGUAGUACCUCCUCCACAAAGUCCUGCUCGGGGACUUUCUACUAAGACCCCAAAGUCACCACACGGUCCUCCUGCAUUUCCUACUGCUUUCCCACCUGAUUCAUUUGGCGAUCAUGCCUUUCCAACAAGUUUCCCUCCUGCUUCCAGCGGGAGCUCCUCUGACAGUCACAUUCAACCUCCUCCUCCCCCACCGCCAGCGCCUCCCAAGGCCCUCUCACCGACAAGAGAAAGCGAUGCCGGAAGCGUUGGUGAUUUUUUUGCACCGUCAAAUGUGUUCCCACCAAGAUCACCGAAGAGAGACAAUUUCCCGCCUGAUCCAAUGACUACAGGUAGCAUUGGUUCUCCUGAAGUUUCACGAAGAAAGCACUCACCAAAUGUCACUCCAGUGAGGGAGCAAUCAUCCAAUCAAUCGCAUGGAAGCCCACUCCACUCCCAAUUCGAACGGACCCAUCUGUCACCGGCGUCUUCUCCAACUACUAACUUUGAAGGAUCUCAUGCACCUCAACGGCCAUUUUCAUCAGCAUCUUCGAUUGGCUCAGCUACAUCAGGCGGACUUACCAACCAAUCCACGCACUAUCGAAUGGUCAUGUCGACUGCAGCGGAACGAAAACGAACCGUUGCGGCAUGCCGUGCAUUACGAUCACAAAUCUUGCGUUUUGAAGAUGCCUUUAUUCAGAUGCACGGUCGGGCUCCAAGAGGGGCUGCAGAAAGGGCACCGCUGGCAACGACAUAUGCCCAGUACAAAGAAUGGAAGAGAGCCAUUCGAGCUGAUGCUGCGUGCCGCAUUCAAGCGCUCGUGCGGGGCGCAUUGACAAGAGGUAAAUUGUCACAGAGCAGUGACGCUCAAAUGCAACAAGUUAUCAGCAGAAGGGCAGGGAGAUCAGAUUCCUUCGGGUUUGGCAAGACUACAUUAGAGCAAUUGCAGAUUCCAGCGGAUAUUGGAGAAAGUGACAUGCCAAUUACGCAACCAGACCCAUUCACAGACCUGGCUGCGAAGAGUCAACCACUACCACCACAAUGGGGAUCCAACCAGAGCAUUCGCCGUCCACGUACAUCGAACGAUAGUUUUGCUUCACCAGUCCCAAAGGCUGCUACCUCUUCUCCUUCUUCACCCAACGAUAUCAAUAGGAUGUCGCUACCAGAUUUGCAAGCAAGAAAACGAGAUCUGAAACAACAACUGAAGCAAUAUGACAUGAACUUUGCAAGGAGACACAAGCGUAUGCCGGUGAAGGCUGAAAAGGAGCCCAUUCGUCACUUGUAUGAACAGUACAAUGCUCUCAAGAGCCAAAUCACUACAAUGGAACAAGAAGGACGUCAAUCCAGUGUUCCGUCUCCUGUUGCAGCUACACCCACAACCGUCCUUCCACAACGGACGAUCUCACCAGUCAGUGGUCUUGAUAAUGGAGGCGACGAAUCGCCAAUAGGAAGCAGAGGGAAGAUGAAGCCUGCUAGGUCUCCUCCUGCAGCUGCCAAUUCGACAGCAGGUCCACUAUCCCAAGAUCUAGCUGCUCUCAAGACAGAGAAAGGAAGACUUCAUCAAAUGCUUAGAUCCUACGAGAAGGAUUUCUAUAAAGAGCACAAGAGGCAAGUCUCCAGUUUUGCCGACAUUCGACCCGUUGCGAAUCAAUACAGAAGAUACAAAGAGAUUAAGAAAGCCAUUGCUGCAUUGCAACAAAGUGGUGACCGAUAA